CGCAUGACCAGUCGGAGGCUGCUGCGAGAUAUAACUGCAUUUUCAAUUGCCCAUGUUGGUGCUCUGCUUUGUAGCUGAGCUGUUGGUGUGGGAUGCGCGUCACUCGGCACGCCUGAACGCCAAAUCACCCAAUGACCUAUGCGUGCCUAGCCCACACCUUCUCGUCAGGUAUUGUGGGUUGAUGCCACCAGAGCUCUCAAUUCGCCGACGUGAUGUCCCGUCGCUCUCAAACGGUAUAGCUAGCGGUUCCGUCGGACGUGGGAAGACGCUCUAUGCAUACCGAGCCUAAACUCCCAACCCCAAAGGAUCAGCAAAAUGGAGGUAACCCUA